GGCUAAGCCCCCCCCUUUCUUUGAAUCCUAGAAAUGCCCCUGGUAGACUAUAUACAAAAAGAUAGAAAAUAAAUGAAAAGAUGCAGACUUACUUUAUAUGUCGUACUUCGUAUAUAUUUUUUUCUGGAUUUAAAUCGCAUAUCAUUGUUUUAUUUUUAUUUUGUUUUUACUAGAGUUAAUAAAAGUAGGACGACACUAUUGAGCUUUGCAUUGUGGUAAUUGUAGUCCCUGCAGCUGAAGCUCCCAGUGGCAAUUGACGUUUGUGUCUGUCGGCUGCUUCGCUGCGAACAAGUGAAGAUGGCGGACUCGGUAGCGGCUGGCGUAGGGGAGGAAAAAGAAACCGAGAAUGAGGAUAAGGAGAGGGAGAAAAGGUCUUCAAACAACACCAACAAGACUGAAACGAGUGGUGUCCCUUCCGAGGGGACAGAGACCCUGGGAUUCUAUGAAAGAAACGCUAACAAGCAGGACAAGGGGCGUAAUCUUUCUGAUCUUUCCCUGGUGCGUUUCAUCAGCGCUGAGCUGACGAGGGGCUACUUUCUGGAACACAAUGAGGCCAAAUACACGGAACGCAGGGAGAGGGUCUACACCUGUCUGCGCAUCCCCAAAGAGUUGGAAAAGCUGAUGACGUUUGGCUUCUUCCUGUGUCUGGAUGCGUUCCUGUACGUCUUCACUCUGCUGCCUCUCAGAGUGCUGCUGGCCCUCAUCAGGCUGCUUACACUGCCCUGCUGUGGACUCGGUGGGUCCCGCAUCCUGCAGCCUGCCCAGGUGUGUGACGUGCUGAAGGGCUUCAUCAUGGUGCUGUGCUACUCCAUGAUGCACUAUGUGGACUACUCCAUGAUGUACCACAUGAUUCGGGGCCAGUCCGUCAUCAAACUCUACAUCAUCUACAACAUGCUGGAGGUUGCAGACCGCCUGUUCUCAUCCUUUGGCCAGGACAUCCUGGAUGCCCUUUACUGGACAGCCACAGAGCCCAAGGAGAAGAAGAGAGCACAUAUUGGCGUCAUCCCUCACUUUCUGAUGGCUGUGCUCUAUGUGUUCCUGCAUGCCAUCCUCAUCAUGGUGCAGGCCACCACCCUCAACGUGGCCUUCAAUUCCCACAACAAGUCCCUACUCACCAUCAUGAUGUCCAACAACUUUGUGGAGAUUAAAGGGAGUGUGUUCAAGAAAUUUGAGAAGAACAACCUGUUUCAGAUGUCAAACAGCGAUAUCAAGGAGAGAUUUACCAACUAUGUCCUGUUGUUGAUCGUGUGUCUAAGGAACAUGGAGCAGUUCUCCUGGAACCCAGAUCACCUGUGGGUACUGUUCCCUGACGUGGUUAUGGUCAUCGCUUCAGAGAUGGCUGUGGACGUGGUCAAACAUGCUUUCAUCACCAAGUUCAAUGACAUCACAGCUGACGUCUAUAGUGAAUACAGGGCCAGCCUGGCCUUUGACCUCGUCAGCAGCAGGCAAAAAAAUGCCUACACAGACUACAGUGACAGUGUGUCGCGGAGAAUGGGUUUCAUCCCUCUUCCACUGGCAUUACUGCUCAUCAGAGUAGUGACCAGCUCAGUGAAAAUCCAGGGAUCCUUGUCCUAUGUGUGUGUGCUGCUCUUCUACCUGGGGAUGAUAACUCUGAAGGUGCUGAACAGUAUUGUGUUGCUGGGGAAGUCGUGUCUGUAUGUGAAGGAGGCCAACAUGGAGGAGAAGCUGUUCCAGACCCCCCCCUCAGCAGCCCCCAGCAGAGCCACCAGCAGAACCUCCAGCCGAGCCCACCGAGCCAAAUACACCAGCAGCCCGCCAGGUGACCCGACUGAUGAAGAGGUCUGCACGUCAGAGAUCACCACUCAGCCUGUGCAUCAGGACGAAUGCCCCGCCCCGCACCUGCCCAGCAGCAAAUCGGAUCAGUUCCUCACCACGCCCGACGACACAGAGGAGAAGGACAUUGGCCAGGAAGGCAUGGAGCUCAAACACAGGGCGCCCAAGAAAGACUUGUUAGAAAUCGACCGCUUCACCAUCUGUGGCAACCGCAUAGACUGAGACGGUCGCGCACAGACACACACACACACUCACACUGAGCGGGUUGGGAUGGGGGGAGGGAACGGAGCGGGGUGCCGGCGUGGACCCGAAAGAGAAGUCUUUAUGAUGACGAGGACUGGCGAUCCUCACUGCCAGCCCGAACUCCCACACCCCUCGCGGAGCGGUGGAUGGGGCGAGGCUAUUUAUUAAGACAAUGUGCGUUUAAUUUAUUGCUAACUGGAAAGAGUGAGGUGUCCAUUUCUGGACAUCCACAUUGAACCCCUCUCCCCCCCCCCAGCCCUCCUCCACCCCCCUUUCUCUCCUACCUGGUGAACCCCGCCUGACCUCCCCUCUGGAAGCCCCCUCUCCUGGCUUCUCUUACCAGGCUCUGGCUGGCACUGACCGGCUCAGUGACUCCAGUGGCAGUGAAGCGGGGCGGUCUUGGGCAGCGGACGGUAAACUUCGGGCACACAAUGCGCACUGAAGGUGCCUGGACUGAUGCAAACCGGCCAUGAUCGCACACAAGCAGCACAGGGUGCAAAAGUUUGCAUUACAAACAAACAUGCAAACAAACACACACAUUUCCAGGCAGCCUAGAGACCACACACACACACACACACACACACUCUCUUUCUCGCUCUCUCUCUCAAACACAAACACACACACACACACACACAAAACCAUCCACAAAGGGUCACAGCGCUUAGGUCAAAGUGUCCCCCCCUCCCCCCUCUGCCAAGGACACUGACAACGGAUGAGUUACUGAAGCAGCUGAAGGAUGACAGAGUACUGAUCGUAUCACAUGGGUCAGAACGGAAAAUGAAACGAUCUGUCUUUUUAUUAAUUUUUUUAAGUGAAGAGCGACAAUGGUAAACAUUUGAAACACAGAACCAUUUAAGCUGAAAAGACAGUACUUUUUGAACACCACAAUGCUAGACUGCAUUUACUGAAGCCAGUUUUAAGUUUUAAGACCAUGUACAUUAAAGGUCAUCAGGGCCUCUAAAGGCUCACCAGCAAAGCAGGUAAUCCAUCAUAUGACAACAUACUAACAGACAUAAUCAAAUAUCACAGUACUUAACAGAUGUGCCAGUGUCAUUAUCUUAUCCCUCAGUUUUGGUCUUUGCGUUGGAUAUUUUCUUGCACUGACGCACCAUACUGUCUUAAAAUCCGUAUAGGUCCAAUUCUGCAUAGGUCAUGCUAAGUUCAGGGUUUCUUUUCCACCUUACAUUUGGUUUAGGGAGAAGUGUUGUUGCAAGUGUUCAUUUAGACUGAGUGAAUGAAUAAGGUAAACCCCAGAAUGCCUGGUACCUGUAUAACUCUGUUUACGGCUGUGAAGCAGCUUAUGUGAAUACCUUUAAGAUCAAGCUGGUUUGGUGUUGUAUUAUUUUGAACAUUAAGGAUUUAUUUAUCAUUUUCAAAACUGGUAGUGCAAGAAACAACAUUUCCCCAUGCCGAUGACCGGUUAGCAAUUCUGUAUGCUUUUAUCAACUCAUAAGCAUUUUAUAAUGUUUUGAUAGAACAAGAAGGAAUUAAAUUCUGUUCAAUUAUAUAGGGGCAAGAGCAUGUCCUACAAAUAUCGUUUUGAUACCUUUUCAUUUUCACGAGGAGCUGUUGGAAUGCUAUGGAUGUCCUUCCAGCAUAUAUUUUGUUCCAUUUCACCUGUAGAAAUGGAAACACUAAACCUUAUGUGGUGAUAGGCAAGCGUUUGUGAGCAUUUAGGAAGAAAUCAUCAGAACAUGCUGUAAUGCUCGUUAUAAACGCUCAUGCCAUCACCAGUGACAAUAGUGUAUCUGGUGUUGGCAUAAAUCACCCUUUAACUCGAUGUGUACGAGUUUUGAAAUGCUCAGUUUGUAGCAGCUGGAGCAAAGCAUCACCUAAGGUUUAAUGUAUAAUUGCAUCAUAGCAUUAGCAUUUAACAUACAUGAAUGAUGGAAUAGGAGAGGAGUCUUUUUCCAGGCCAUGUUAUUUUCAGCACGCUGACGAUUUUGGUGUAACUUAACAUUUUCUGCAUGGAACCAAAAUUCUGACCAUAUCAGAAGUCUGUUUUCAUUUGUCACACAGAAGCAAUUAUUUCUGCUGCCAUUUUGAUUUUUUUGAGCAGAACAAAACAAGCAACCAUUACCUUUGUAGGAGCUGCAUGGUGGGAAAGGGGGAACGAGCUGGGGGCUUGGGUGGGAGGGAGAAUAAAAGUUUUCUUGUUUUGUAUCUGUUUGGCUUUCUGUCUUUUUUUUGUUGGCAUGGCUGCCGUUGUUCUGGUUAUGAAUGAUUUUGUGAAAGGUGAGUUGAGUCCAUUUGGGGCCUGCUGAACAUGAUCCUCACAUUCUCAUAAUGGAAGGCCUCUCAGAGGUCCUCACAUUCUCAUAAUGGAAGGCCACUGAGAGGUGGCUGCAGUACACUAGAGAAUCUGUGUGUGUGCCACACAUAUUAAUGAGUUUGCAGAAAGAAACGAUAAUGAUCACUGAAUCUCAAGGCGUGGUUGAAAAGUCAUAUUUUCUCAGAGGGCUUUUGAGUUCAAGACAGUGGGAACAUUCUAAUAUUUUACAGGAAUAACAGGCCACCUGGCUGAUUCUGUUAAUUAAGUUAAAUUUAAUAUCAAGCGAUUAAACAUUAACUUGAGGACCAACAAUGACAGGGAAGUGACCAUUUUUACAGUUGUUGUGUAACAUUUAACUUCAUCUAUCCUUCUGAAUAGGACAUUCAUACUACCUUAACUUAUACGAGAUUUUACUUACAUUGGUUUGGUUGCUGUGUUUGAAAUCUUAGUAUAGUUAAAUUAUGUCUGAAAUCUUAGUAUAGUUAAAUUAGUCUACAUGUAUAACCGUUCAGCCUGAGCUUGAGCUUGUACACUGCCAAGGAAUGUAUGUUUGGGCUUCACUUAUGAUCCUGGGAAUGAAUCCAUUUUUACAGGAUGACACAACACCUCAAAUCCCAAUAAUGUCCAGAUUUCAGGAUUAGGACGUUGGCAGGAUAUGUAUAACUGUGUGCAUGUGUGUGUGUGUGUGGUGUAAUUUUCACUGCUAAAGUCCUGCUUCUGUAGACACAGUGCUGUCUCCCAGUACAUCUUUUUCUCUGUACAGUGUCACUCUGUGCUGAUACAAUGUGCUCUUUAUGGGUAUAAUGUGAAUCAAAUUUUGUAUGUUGGAAAAAUUCAAAUAAAAAAUCAAGUCAUUCCA